GGCAUAUUAAGUUUCAGUUUCUGACAUGGAAAUUUGAAGUCAAAUUUACUUUGAAUUGAACACCAUUCCAGACGUAGACAUAUCUAUUUAUGGACUAGCAGAAUUACUCUGUUUACUUAUUAGAAUGUAACGAUUAUUGUUCAUUGAAUAGUAGAAAAUCAUUCUUUACUCUUGGGUACACAUUUAUAUACACACACAUCGGGCUUAUUUGAUCACAGUAGAAUAUUCUGUAUUAAUACGGUCUACAGAAUCCAUAAGGAUUACAUUAUGUAUGUAUAUGUAUACCAACCCAAAUGAAAUUUGCGUUCAUGUUUUGAAUGUUUAAGUACACACAUUAGUGCUUAUUGUCAACAACAUUUCCCGGAAUUCCGGAUCGAAUUUCAAUGUAAAUGGCAACCUAGUACUCGUAUUUAUGUAGAAAAUGGUAUCAAAUUAAAUUUUUGUCAUUCAAUCUUAUUCGUCCUUAAAUAUAUAUGAUUCUUAAGCUUUUCUCUGCUUAACAAAUAUUAUUCAAUUGUAGAAGAUUGUCUGUUAAAUACAUUCUUACGUGGCACCCAGUAUUUUGAGAGUGCAUACGACAGUCGUGAAUUUCUAAAAAUCUGUAUACAAUCAAAACAUGAGCGAGAAAUGUCCCGAAAUAAUUGACCCUCGAUUUUUUUUCGGGGGAUCUGUAUUUGGAUUGAAUGAAAAAGAAAUACGAAUACGCGUUUCUAGACCUAGGGUGACGUUGUCCCCUAGAAAAGUUGCAGGUGAGGGAUUUUUUAAGUCAUUUUCCAAGAUAUACGAGAAUCUGCUCUUACAAUUAGUUAUCACAUGCAUAGAAUACUUCAGGACCACUUUAACUCAUGACAGGACUCAAACUAUCAUACGAAGGGCGCAAAAUUGGUCUCAAAGGAUUUCUCAAACAUUUCCUCUUUGUGGGGUUGGACUCAUUUCGAGAGAAAAUCAGAAAUUAUUGAGCUACAUUAUUUUGAAAUACAAAUGGAGAGUGUACCAGCUAAUUUUCAAUGGAAAGUGCAAUUCCAGUCAUCCUCUGCAUAUUCUUUUGGCAAACGUUACGGAUCGCUUUAUUGCUGAAUGGAAUACUUUGAUCAAAUCAUUAGAUGGUCAAUGGAUUCUCCAUUUUGGGUACAUUUCGUACUUGAAGCUGGUAAUCCACAACACUUCCCAUCUCGUGGAACUAUUGGAAACAGGUUUGCGUCAAAAACUCCUCAAAAAUGUUUUCCAUGAAAGAGAGGAAUAUGUAAAACUUAAAGAAACCGGUAAGGUUCUGUUGACCCAAUUGAAACUUCGCCAUGAGAUCAUGUUUGGAUCCUCCACAUUGCACCAUUAGAAUUGAAAUUUAAAUCAGUUGAUUCUAGACAACCCAUAGUUUACCCAGCAGUGCAUUAUUUCCGCAUUUAUGUAUUUCAUUCUGACAAGUUACGAAAUUAAAAACUUGUAAUAAUGUAAAAUUAUAUUAAUGUAUUUAUUAAUAUUACAAAUUAUAAUGAAAUUCGAUAACCCUUAAACAUUUAUGAUUCCACUCCAUAAAUCAUUUAUUUUAAUUUGUUCAAACUCCAUGCUCUGUGUGCGUGGAUAUGUAGCUGUUUAGACUAAAUUUUAGUCACUAAAAUCGUUGCAUUAAAAGUCCAUAAUCGUGCAAA